CCACCACCACCACCGCCGCCGCCGCCCUCUUCUCGUCACUUCGUCUCGCCCUCUCGUGACUUGCCACCUUGGUCGCUCUUGCGCAGCAUGUCUCGUCGCGGCGGGCGCAUCUCGCGCGCCGCCGUGCCGCCGGCCGUCUCUCACGCUGCCUCUGCCGCCGCUGUUGCUGCCUCUUCUUCAGCAUCCGGCUCUGCGCCCGAGGCAAGGCCGCGCACCGGCCCACGGCACAUCGCCUCUACUGCCUCUGCCGCCGACGCAGCAGGAGCGGCAGGCGCAGCGGCAGAUGCGGCGCUGGGCCUGCUCAGUGGCGGCGUGCGCGUGGAACUCAAGGACGUGACGGGGAGAGUGGGGGAAUAUAGCUCGCCGGAAGAUCAAUGUCCCCAGUGCAAGACGGACCGCUUCCUCAAUCCCCGCCUGCGCCUGCGCGUCUCGCCCUGCUACCAUCGCAUCUGCGAGACGUGCAUCGAGCGUCUCUUCUCGCUCGGCCCCGCGCCGUGUCCGCAGUGCGGACACAUCUGCCGCAAGAAUCAGUUUGGCGCACAGACGUUUGCCGACUUGGGCGUCGAGAGAGAGGUCGAUCUGAGGCGACGCUUGGGGAGAAUCUUCAAUCGAAGACAGGAAGAGUUUCCAACGCUGCAAGCCUACAACGACUACCUGGAGGAAGUCGAGACGCUCACAUACAACGCCAUUUCCGGCAUCGACGUCGCCUCCACCACCUCCCGCAUCGCCGCGUACGAAGCGGCCAACCGCGCCGCAUCGGCCGCGAAUUCGCGCAAUGCCGCCUCCGAAUCGACGUCGGCGUUCGCCGCAGAGACGCACCUCAAGUCUCUGCGCGUCGCACGCGCCACGGCGCGUCGCGAGCGCCUUGCGAAGCGCCAAGAGGAAGUCGAGGCGCUGGAGCGCAAGGGCGCGGAAAUGCUGCUUCUGAAGGACGGCGAGAAGGAGUUCCGUCGGCUUCGCGAGGCUGCGCGAAAGGCGUUUGAGGAGCAGGAAGAGCGGAUAGAAUCGCAAGAGAGGAGAGAAGACGAGCGACUUGCGAAGCCGGUGCAGAAGGCGGUCAAGCAGGAGAAAGAGGAGCAGACGUGGGAGGCGCAGAUGCUGUGGGACUACGAGGGCGUCUAUGCGAGCAUCGACGAUGCGAGGACACUCUAUGAGCUGCGCCCAACACCUGCUUCUCUCGGCGGCGCAGGCGCCAGCGACACUCAAGCGUAUGAGGAUCCGUGGGCCAUCAACGCCGACAAGGAGAUGCUUGCCAAGUGGAGAGCGGCGGGAUACGACGUGGGCGAGAGCUGGGCAAGGAGGCUUCGGGCGGCCGUCUGGGGACUAGGCGUGGCGCCUCGCGCCGUCGCGGGAGAGGAAGAAGCGAAGUCGCAGAUGGAGACGUAGCAGAGGAGCGCAGGGCAAUGAAUUUCAUGCAGCAUUAGCGG